CAGGGUGACCUUUGCGGUUGAUUCUUUGCUUUUGGUAUUAUUUCAGUGUUUCAGUUGGUAGUUGGUUGGUUUCAGUGACAUCGGUACUGGUUAGAAAGGAAAUAAACACUUUUGAAACGUGAAAAAACGUGAUUAUAAGAAAAUAUUUUCAAAGAAGUUUGGAGAAAUCCUGAUGAAGAUUUAUAUAUACUAUUAAGAAAAAUGUUACCACACAAGAAAUUUAAACAAAGUCUUAACUUGGAAGUUAAAUUAGAAAUUAUUAAGAGACAUGAAAUGGGCCAGAGACAGAGGGACAUUGCUGUUGACAUGCAACUUGCACCAUCAACAGUGAGCAGCAUAUGCAGCAGAGAUGCAAAGAAGAUAAAGAAAUGUGCAGAAUCAGGUAUACCUUUAACUGAAACCAUGGUCAAUAGGCACAAUAAAAGCAAAGUAUUGUAUGAUAUGGAGGAAAUAUUAGAUCAAUGGGUUGAGCGGCAGAUGCAUGAGAACAAGAGAUUAACGCAUGUUAUAAUUAGGAAGAAAGCUAUAUCAAUUUACAAUGAGCUGCUUGAGAAGGAAGGAAUCACCAAUGGACAAAAAUUUAAUGCCAGCAACGGAUGGUUAUGGAAAUACAAAAUAAAAAUGUUUACAAAUUUCCAAAAGACACCAGAACUUGAUGAAAGUGGAAUUUCAUUUCCUUAUAUGCUCAAGAAAGUUGUAAAAGAUGGAAAAUUCCUACCACAGCAGGUGUUCACAGCCAAUGAGACUGAACUGUAUUGGAAAAGAGAUUUUGCUGGAACGAAUUUUGUGAAGAUUAAAGAACUGAAUAAAAAUAUGUGUACCCUUAGAGUGCUGCUUGCAGCAAAUGCCUCAGGGGAUUUCAAAUUGAAUCCAAUGCUUCUCUAUCCACACGAAAGACCCACAUUCAAGGAUGUUGAUAUAUCAGAACUGGGUGUGCCAUGGAAGAACAGUAGGCACAAAAAGUUUACACCUCAAAUGUUCGAGGAUUGGUUUAAGAACCAUUUCGUGCCAAACGUGUAUAGCUAUUACGAGGAGAACAAUUUGGAUAGGAAAAUUUUGCUCUUGAUCAACACAAAUCCUCAUUUUUCACUCAAGUACUUCUCUUUUGAUGAUAAUGUGAAAGUAAUUUUUAUUCCUUCAAGAUCAACAUCAUACUGCUCACCAAUAAAUAGAUCAAUUUGCACCACUUUCAAAUCCUAUUAUUACUAUAUCGUCUACAGAAAGCUGUCCAAAAUGUGGAAAACAAAAUUGACUACUUCGGCGAGCGGCUACUUUAAGAAUUACUCUCUAGUGGUUGCCAUCAAGUAUAUUAGAGAUGCAUGGCAGAAGGUGCCGAGCAACUUAUUGAAUGGCGCUUGGUUCGAUAUCUGGCCAGACGUCGUCCAAGAAAAUGCUGAUGACGAUACGAAUGAGGAAGAAUUUGAAAACAUUUUAAAUUCAACUCUUAAAUACGCCGAGAAAGUAAAUAUACAACAUUUAAAUGAGGAUCUACUUAAAGAGUGGAUAAGCGAAUAAAGACUUAACUAUUGUUAAUGUAAAAUAUAAUUGUAUUUUUUCAGCAAUUAAAAUGCCUUCAAUGUGAUAAAAUUUAACAGUGUUUAUCUUAAUGUUAGUGUGAAAUUGGAGAAUAUGUUUUUGACGUCACUAAUAUUGAAAAUAAAUCUGUAUAAAUAUAAUAGAAAGCCAGCC